CAUAGGAAGAACAUGAAAAGAUGGGAAGUAAUUCUCAGGUACGAGCAACACUGUCGCAUAGCGCUUGAAUUGCUUGAAUUGCCGAACUCUCGCGGGAAGUUCAUUGUUUUUGCAUGAAUACAUUCCAGUGUUUCAUACCAGAACACUAAAUAGCACACUGUAAACCUUUAUUCUUGAUUGUGAUGCAAAUAUGCAUCUAUUCCACGCGUAUGAGGAUCCACGUGCUUGUACUUGGAAGCAGGGCAACAGGAAUAUGAUUAUGAGGUGGGAAGGGGAAUUUUGUCUGCGAUAUUCAUUAUAUUUGUCAAAGAACAAUGGUAGCAGCUUAACUUCAAUAUUGUAUCCAAGAUCUACUGGUGCUGUUUUUUUUGUUCAAUACUUAUACCAUGGUUUGUAUAUCACACGCUGCUUCAUGGAAUUAAUGUACCGUGCCUCAUUCUUCCAAACUAGAUCAUCUACGUAUACUCUUUUUUAUCCCGUCUAUAGUACAGACAUUUCUGCAUCUAUAGAUUCUUACCGCAUGCAGCAGCCUUAUGCAUAUUUGCUUGACCUUGCCCUCUAUAAUAGAGAGCCCCUUAAAAGGCUAGUCGUCGGUUAGACUGUAAUAUCUUUUAGAGAGGUCUUAUACUCCAUGAACCCAUGUGAGUUUUUUGAAUCAGCUCAGCAAGACUGGUGGCGCAGAGACAAACUAGUGCACCGCAGCACAUGCAGAGAGCCCAUGUCGUGGCAAUGAAAGUCAAGGAAAAGAAAAAUGAAGAAUAUAA